AUGCUCACAACUGCCCCAAUCAUUAUACCACCAGAUUGGAGCUUGCCUUUUGAAUUGAUGUGUGACGCCUCUGAUUAUGCCGUUGGAGCUGUUUUGGGACAGCGAGUUGAUAAGAAGCCACACGCCAUCUACUAUGCUAGUAGAACCCUCAACGAUGCCCAACUCAACUAUUCCACCACAGAGAAGGAGUUAUUAGCUGUCAUAUUUGCUUUAGAAAAGUUCAGAUCAUAUUUGAUUACUAACAAGGUUAUUGUUUACACUGAUCAUGCAGCAUUAAAAUACUUGUUAGCCAAGAAGGAUGCCAAGCCACGACUCAUUAGAUGGAUUCUCUUGUUGCAAGAGUUUGACUUAGAGAUAAAAGAUAAGAAAGGAAGUGAGAAUGUUGUGGCUGAUCAUUUGAGUAGAUUGGUGCAUGUGUCUAACGAAGAGGAGGAUUCAUUGCCAUUGCGUGAAAGCUUCCCUGAUGAGCAACUCUUCUCCAUUUGUGGUUAUCUACGUUCCAACGUGACAAGCUUAGGAAGCAAGCAAGAUACUACUUUUGGGGAUGAUCCAUAUCUAUUCAAGCAUUGCCCAGACCAAGUAAUUCGAAGGUGUGUGCCUGAAGGUGAUUUUAAGAGCAUUCUGGAGUUUUGUCACUCCCAUGCAUGUGGAGGACAUUUUGGAGCAAAGAAGACUGCCAACAAAGUGCUACAAUCAGGUUUCUUUUGGCCUACCCUUUUUAAGGAUGCGUAUGUUUUUUGUGCUUCAUGUGAUAGAUGCCAACGGAUGGGUAAUUUACAUGCUAGAAAUCAGAUGCCUCUCACCAAUAUCCUAAUCAUUGAAAUAUUUGAUGUUUGGGGAAUUGAUUUCAUGGGCCCUUUUCCUACCUCUUAUGGAUUUGAAUAUAUAUUAGUUGCUGUCGAUUAUGUUUCUAAAUGGGUAGAAGCCAUUGCCACUAGAACUAAUGAUGCUAAGGUUGUGAUCGGUUUUCUCAAAGGAAAUAUUUUUACAAGGUUUGGCACACCUAGAGCAAUCAUUAGUGAUGGUGGCUCCCACUUUGUUAACCAAGCUUUUGCAGCACUCUUGAAGAAAUAUGGAAUCACGCAUAAGGUGGCAACACCCUAUCAUCCCCAAACUAGUGGGCAGGUUGAGAUAAGCAAUAGGGAGAUUAAGCACAUACUUGAAAAGACGGUGAACACCACAAGGAAGGAUUGGUCCAUGCGUUUGGAUGAUGCAUUGUGGGCUUAUAGGACUGCUUAUAAGACACCUAUAGGUAUGUCUCCGUAUAGGCUUGUUUUCGGUAAACCUUGUCACUUACCAGUGGAGCUUGAGCACAGGGCUUAUUGGGCAAUCAAGGCCUUCAAUUUUGAUAUGAAAGCUGCUGGUGAGAAGAGGAGGCUUCAACUCAAUGAGUUGGAGGAGUUGCGACAUGAAGCGUAUGAGAAUGCUAAGCUUUACAAGGAGAAAACAAAGCAAUAUCAUGACAAGAAAAUUCUUAGGAAGACGUUUGAGAAAGGGCAGAAGGUUCUCCUAUUCAAUUCACGCCUUAAGCUCUUUCCAGGUAAGCUUCGUUCUCGGUGGAUUGGCCCUUUUGUUAUUACUAAUGUGUUUGAUCAUGGCGCAGUGGAGAUUCAAAAUAUUAAGGAUGGCAGCACCUUCAAGGUGAACGGACAUCGGUUGAAACCUUACUUUGAUGCCAACUUUGAUGCCAAUAUUGAGUCUCAAGCACUCAAGGAGCCUCUACCACUCUCUUGA